GUGAACGUCGGCGUUCUGGCGCGGUCGGCCGUGUUUGUGUUCGCUCGUGUCACGGCCACAGACUAAAAAAAAAACAUUUCGCGCGUCUUUUGACAGCUAAUUCGAAAGUUUCCGGUGCGUUCGGAAAUCAUAGCCGAGUCACAAGUGUCGUUCUUAGAACCGAAUCGAAGGAUAUUGGAGAGGUAAUUUGCAGUGUUAAUUAUCGGCUCGCGGUGGCCGUUUGAGACGCUAUAGAGUGAUGAAUCAGCGAACGCCGGCUAAUUAACAGCGCAGUUACGAAAACAAAUCUUGACGCCUUCAACUGCCACUGUGUGUUUAUCGUGAAAGGCAGCGGCCGGCAGCAAGCUGUUUUACCCUUACCUGAAGACGUCCUCCCUGCACAGGGACUUCCUGUUUGCCAGUGGCUCCGAGGCCAUUGCAAUCACAGCCUUUAUGAAAAAUGAAAAUCCCUAUGCGUGGGUAUCGAACGGAGGGGACAUUGAAACUAGGAGCUAUCACGAAUCGGGAUGCGAGGCUGACAUGCUGGAGGGCGCGGAGCUGGGCCGGCACUCGCCGCCCCGGCCGCAGCAGGAGCCCAUCAAUCUCAAGAAUGAGCAGGCGGAGUCGGACCGUGAGAGCGGCGCGAGCUCGCCGGAGGGCGGCGGCCGAUUGCAGGCUGAGGCGCGCUCGCCGUCGCCGCGCGCGCGCUCACCCCACCACAACACACACUUGAAUGGCUCCAUGGCGUCGAUGUUCCAAAACCUCCAGAACUUGGCGAGCAUGCAGCAGAACAUGGCGCCGAUGUCGCAACAGCAGAUGUCCCAACAGAUGUCCCAGCAGAUGUCCCAGCUAGCCGCCAACCUGCAGGGCCUCACCUCCAUGCCUUCCAACCCUGUCAUCAACUCGCCCUUGAAUCUCAGCGUUAGCGCCCCAGCAGGCAUGGGGUCACCGACGCCUGUUGGCAAUAGCAGCAUGUUACCGCCUGCGUUGCCCUCGCCCAUGCCGCAGCUGAUCCUCGCCUCCGGUCAACUGGUGCAGGGAAUACAGGGCGCGCAACUCCUUAUACCCACCUCGCAGGGAAUAGCGACACAAACCAUCCUCACGAUACCCGUCAAUCACGUGAACUCAAACGAUCAAAUGGUCAACUUGGCGCUGAACAACGGCCAAGUGGUAUCAACAUCGUUGGCCAACCUCCAAGCGAUGGCCCAACCUCACCAGCUACUCAACUCCAACCCACAGCAGCCGGCCAACAUCCGACCUAACAUGCUAAACCCGACGCUAUCGAACGCACUACUGAACCCGGGUCUGCCAAACUUCUUGACCAACGGAGCGACUAAUGCUCAAGAGCUAUUACAAGCACUUCAGCAACAGCCGCAAGGGAAUCACAACCUUCUGCAGACGGUGCAACAGAACAAUUUGCCGCAACAGAUGCAGGGCAGGCGGUCGUCUUCGCCACGAUCCGACAGGCAUUACAAAGAGAGGGAGAACUUCGAUAGAUUUGGUGGAGGUCCCAGAGAGAGGAACGAAAGGGACAAUGUUGGAGCAGCUGCUUUAAACAGUAUUAACAGGCUCGCUGCGUCGAACGGGGAGAUCACGAUCACGACAUCGCACGCGAGCGGCGCUCCUUGCAGCUCGACGAGCUGCUCGAAUUCAUCGCCGCACGCGCCUGUCAAGCUCUCGCCGGGAUCCAUCAAGUCGCCGCCCCAGGAAGAUGCGGACUUGCUAGCAGAUUCGCCAAACCAGCCCACAAUCAGCCAGUCUUCUGGUAACGUAGUGGACGGCAUCAACCUCGAGGACAUCAAAGAGUUUGCGAAGGCGUUCAAGCUACGACGGCUCGGGCUGGGGCUGACACAGACGCAAGUGGGGCAGGCGCUAUCCGUCACCGAAGGACCAGCGUAUAGCCAAAGCGCAAUUUGCAGUGCCCUGGCUUCGCAGAUGCUAGCAGCUCAGCUGUCAUCACAGCAACAAAACAUAUUUGAGAAAUUGGAUAUAACACCAAAAAGUGCGCAGAAAAUCAAACCGGUGCUCGAACGUUGGAUGAAGGAAGCCGAAGAGAGGUACGCUUCCGGACAGAACCAUUUGACGGACUUCAUUGGUAUGGAGCCGAGUAAAAAGCGCAAACGACGGACAUCUUUCACGCCUCAAGCCCUCGAACUUCUCAACGCACAUUUUGAAAGGAACACCCAUCCUUCAGGCACAGAGAUCACCGGGCUCGCGCACCAGCUAGGAUACGAGCGGGAAGUCAUCAGAAUAUGGUUCUGCAACAAGCGCCAAGCGCUCAAGAACACAGUUCGCAUGAUGUCCAAGGGAAUAGUCUAAAACGUACAACAAAAUCUAGCAAAUUAAUUCCGUUACACGACUACAAGAAUGAAUCCGGCAAAUAGUGAUGGGCAGUUUGAUAUAUCGAUAGUUUCGCUUCAGAAAGCACGUAGAAGUUUUCAACGUGACACAUUUUGUUUUGCUAAAUUCUAAAUAAUCGAUAUUCCCUUCUGAUGUAUUGUUUUAAUCAACAUUUGGCCUUAACACGAAUCUGAAACGAUUCCAGCCAACAUUAUAAAGUAAGUUAUGUUUUUUUUAAUAAAAUGUAAUUGUUAAAAUACAAUUUUCGACUGAUAUAUUCGUCUCGUAGAUACUUUUACAAUGAUAUGAGUGGUAUUCGUAGUUUAUAAAGAUAGGUGUUUAGUACAAAAGACAAAGUACGACUGUCGCAUUGUAAUGCACUUAUGUAACCAAAAUUAAUUUCAAACUGUUUCAAUUUUACGACUAUAACGAUUAAAUUAUUCAUACUUUCAUGAAAAAUUAUUAUUAAGUAAUAUAUAAACGGCUAAAGUACUCACGUAUAUUUGUCCGAUGUCGGCACCGACAAGUUUAAUAAUGAGCGACGUGCCGCAUCCACGAAAUAAUGUCAGUCUCACUCACUCUAAUGAAGGGCUUACGAUGGGCACGUAACCAGUCGGUGCCGACACCGAUAGCGAUACGUGAAUGUUUUAGCCUUUUAUAUAUUAGUUAACUAUGACGAUGUUUAGGAGUGGAAUCUUAUUUACGGCAUUUAGCCUCGAAUUCUUAUUAUAUAAAGCAUAAGGUCUAAAUUCCUCAAAAUUGUGCACACACUUAUAUUUUAUUUUAUAAUAUUAUUUGUAAUAUAAUUGCAUUUUGUAAAUAAGUACAAUAAACCGAAGUCUCGGCGUCAAAGCGAAGUAGAUAAUAGAUAUUAACUUAUUUGGAAUACUCUUGAUUUGAUUUCGUUGUUCUUAGUGAAUGUCGCACUAUAGUUAUAUGUACUAUGGAUAUUAUGAAGUAGUCAAUAUGUCUUGUCUUAGUGGCCUACUGAGAGUUCUUUCAAAUGUUAGUUUCUGUUAAUAGAUAGGCGUGAAGCGAUACUAAGUGUAGAUUUAAUUACUUGUAUGGUGUCGUAAAUUGUAAAUAUUGUUCACGUAUUUUUAGUUUAUUGAAACGUAUUAUUAAUUUUACGUACCUAUAAUAGGUAAG